CACAGCUUGUUAAUGAGUACCUCGGCUGCGACUACAGUCCAAAUGAAAGCACUAUACGGUUCAUACAUCAGAAUUUCAGUUCAAGUGUGUGUAUUGCCCCAUUAGCAGUGUCGCCGGGGCGGACCUUGCCCGCUCUCACUUCUCCCAGCAGCCCACGGCUACAUGAGGACAGCCGUUCCCGUGUUUGGAUGGGCGGUAGUCUGGAGCUUCUUUCCCCUCUUGUCGUCACAGCAGUCUCCUGUAAACAGUCGGUGCCCGUCUCCGUCGGCUGGACCAUCGACCUUUACUGAAGACCCCAGCACGCACCAGCUCGGGAUAUAACGCGGUUAUUAGCAACAUGGCUACGGAAAACUUGGAAAUGAACGGUGAUGCUGACCGAAACGGCGAAGCGGAGGUCCCUCUGCGAGGCCGCUCGAGGAGGCAGAGUCGACCUCUGAACAUGAACCAUUACGCGAAUAAGAAGAGUGCAGCAGAGAGCAUGCUGGACGUGGCUCUGCUCAUGGCUAAUGCCUCGCAGCUGAAGGCCGUGCUGGAGCAAGGACCGGAGUUCACCUUCUACGUGCCUCUCAUUACUCUCAUUAGCAUCUCGCUCAUCCUGCAGAUCGUGGUGGGAAUCCUCCUCAUCUUCAUAGUUAAGUGGGACCUGAAUGAUGAGAGCAAGCACUACAAGCUCAACAUCUUGGAGAACACAACCACCGCCUUUGUCUUCAUCAUAGUCGUGGUUAACGUCUUCAUCACAGCCUUUGGUGUACAGCGGCCCAACACAAGUUCUUGAUCACCUUUUUAGAUAACCCUCUGUGGAUACUGAUGAAGUUAGUAAAGAUGGACCUCCAUGUUAUUUGUUCAAAUGGUCAGAAUUUUUUAUUUAUUCGCCAAACGGUGAAAGAGCAUGCAGGUGUCUUUGCCACUCUGUGAUCCAAACACAAAGGCUUGUAACUUGAUAACCUGACUAUCAGGUGACUUGUGUGUGUUUGUGAUUGUGUUUGUGUGUGUGUGUGUGUGUGUGUGUGCGCGCGCAUGUCAGAGGGAUACAAUGCUUCUCUAACCAUGGCUAUGGAUGAAUGUGUUGUCUAUUUUUAUUUCAUCAGUUUGUUACAUCUUGUAAUGCUCAGGUUACUGAUACAAAUGGAUUAUUGCCUUCAUUUAUAAAACAAACAUAUCAGAGCAAUAUACUGUGCUUCAGUUCCAACCAUUGUGAAUGUGUCCUGGGAAAAAAAAAGAGACAUUCUGCUCUUACCUUUAAGUUUUAUAUUUGUCAGUACCUUUCGGCCUAAGCCUUAUGCCCGUACUGUUAGAAAAGGAACAAAAUAAAGAAACCCAAUCACCAAAGUGUAAUCCAAAUGAAAUCCUUCAUUCAAAGAGUCAUCCUGAUGCUCAUGAGGCAUUACGCAACAGCUUUAUUAUGGGGGAAAACCUUCCGUUUACAGUGUUACAAAUCCCACCUAACCAAUGAAGUCGUCCUUACAUGUUUUGUUUCUUUAAGUGCUAUACAAAGUCUAGUCCAUAAUGUUUGAACUGAUUUACCUGUGUACAUUACUUAAGGUCUGCUGUGCUUGUGGUUUGAACUAUAUAGUGUUAGUGGUUAUUUUUUUUUUUAUUUUUUUUUUAUUACUUUUAAAGGACCAAAAAAGUUUCGCAGCUUCCAUGAUAUGAUCUUUGAUUACACACUGUGACUACUGUUUUAAAUGAAAUUUAUAAAUAAAACUACAAAAGUGA